AUGUCAAAAGUUACUACAGAGCUUCUUUUGGAAAGAGCGGUUCCAAGAUCUACUAGGCUACGAAAGAUUGAGACUCUGAACUUAUCCAAGCUGCAGUUAAAGACCGGAGACUUGGACCCCCGGUUGUUUUCCCGUCUGAGACAUCUGCAAAAUCUCGAUCUCUCUGAUAAUCUGUUGGACAAGCUACCUGCUAAUCUAAGCCUGCCAGACCUGCGUGUCCUAAACUGCAGUAACAACCAACUGGAAGAUGUGACUGUCCUGAAGCAGUUCCCGCUGCUGGAGGAGCUAAACUAUGAAAACAAUGUGUACCUGACAACCAAUGAUGACUAUAAGGUCAUGUUUCUUUUACAAAAUCUUCGGCUACUCAAUGGCAAGGAUGUCACCAAAUUAGCUAAUCAUGUGAGAGUUGUCAACAGCCGAGAGCUGACCAGCAAGGUCACAGCUCACUGGGAGAGGCACUUCCGAAGCCAACUCCCUGAGAAGUAUUCAGCCGAGCACGUGAAGUUCAUCAGGAAAAAGUUUCUGAAGUCUGCACAAACCCACGUCAUAUACGGACCCAGCUCCCUCGGUGAAUUUACCCGAUGGAGGGUGAAAAUGAUUGCAGAGGAGUUGCUGGCAUCCAUGCUGGGACAGGAAGAGAACACAAACCCUGAAACACAAGAAAGGAUGGAUGAUAAUGAGGAGGAGACUACAGAAAACCCCAGGGAGGUGGGAGAUGAUGAUAUUGCGCAGGUCACAUUAAUCCCCAGCAAGAGAAGAGGGAAUCACUCAACAGCGGGAUCUGCGAGCAAAAGGCCACGGUCCCAGUGUAACACUGAGGAGGAAGUAGUGCUUAGUCCCAGAAAGUCCAGCCAUUCACAGGAUGACCCAACUCCCGAUAGACCAAGAGCAUCGAACCAACAGGCCAAGGUGGCCGAAGAGACUCACAGGAAUGGAGAACAGCCUCCGAAAGGACAAAGCCACAGAAGAUCCAGCCAGUUGACAGAGGAGCAGAAAAGCCAGGAGCAGGACAAAAGGGUUCUGACCAUAACCCCGGUCAAGAACCUAGAAGACAAGGAAGUUAUCAGUUUGGAGCCAUUGCAUUUUCUUCAGUGUCACAGUAAAGGCAACAGCCGGGAGGAUUUUAAAACGCAGCUCUGGUCCUGUGUCUUCGAGCCGCCGUUGGAUUCUGGGACGAGGAAAGACCCUGUAGUGAGCACCUCCAGAACCAUGGCCACGUGUGGAGGGGAAUCUGUUUGUCUUAUCGACUGCGAGACCGGAAUCGUGCUGAAAAAGUAUAAAGUUCCUGCGGAGGAGUUUUUCACCGUUGCUUGGACAACUCUGACCAUGGUAACUAAUGACGGUCGGAAAAAAAAACAUAAUAUCCUGGCCGCAGCCGGAAGAAGAGGAAUUGUAAAGCUGAUUCAUGUAUCGGCUGAUUUCUGCUAUGGAGAGAUAAAGGCUCACAAAAAGCCCAUUGCUACAGCCUGCUUCAGCCCAACCUGCGAGACCCACCUCUUUACUGCAUCCUAUGACAAAAGAAUUGGCCUCUGGGAUAUUGGGGUUCCAGAUUGUGACUACAACUUCAAAGCAAGCCAACUGAUGGUGCUGGAAGUGUCCUCUAUUCCAUUACGGAUUGCCCUGGUCCCAUCCUGCCCAGAUCAGUUCCUGCUGGCUGGUUGUGAAGACGGUUGCUUUGCUUGGGAUAUUAGACUGGACAAGCCACAGAAGAGCAGGCCUUUUGAAGUGGCGUUCCAGUUUCCUAAUGAUGAGGGAGAAGAGACAGCUUCCCACAGAGUGGAUGGAUUGGCUUUUUUGAACAAGGAUGUUGUGGUUUCUAAGAGUUCUAAGACAGGCUCUAUCUACUUAUGGAGCUGGAGCCAAUCGUUUGAGGCACAGGGGAAAUCAUGUCACAGAACACGACCUGCACUGAUUCUAGCUGAACUGGAGUGGUCUACAACAGACCUGCCCUACCUUACCCUCAGCACCUGCCCAGCAGCAGAGUAUGUGUUCUGUGGCGAUGAAAAGGGAAGUGUGUGGAUGUACAAUCUCAGCAAGCACUCUUCAGCCUGGAGGGCCUCCAAGGGAAAACGCUCAGAGAACAGAAUAGCUCCCACACAGAUUCUUGAGUGGCCAGAGCUUCGAGCAAAUGGAGAGCUGCUGACUGAAGUCUUAAUAAACAAUGUGGUGACAGACCCUACUUUCACUUACCUUAUUGCUUUAACUGGCGUAAAUAUAGCAGCUGUAUGGAAGAAAACAUAGCUUGUUCUUUAUGGAAAAUUUCAUUCCUGUGAUGUUUUGAAAUAGUGCAGUAUUAGUGAUUGUUUCCAAGCGUAACCAUGAAGUUUUCUAAACCAGC